AUGAAAGAUCGUAAAAAACGAACCGUUUUAUCGUGCGUAUUGUGCUUAUGGUGCACCAUCGUUAUCCUCUGCUUCGCCGGUUCAAUUCUCUCCACUCUCGGCAUCUUAUUUACAGGAGGUUUUCAACCCGCACUGGUAACAACAGGGAGUUUUCCGGCGACGGAGGCCAUAUCGGAAUACCCUGAAACUCCGUCGACCUCAAUCGAUCACACGGUUAUGUUUCCCGACGAGGCCUUAGUUUUCCUAAAAUACCCUCACUCGUCCUCUCUAUUUACCGUGGAUGCCAUCAAGUGCGUAUAUAAUCAACCCCAAAACUCAUCUUCAUCAUCCCAGCCGCCUCGCGAACUAUCUCCAUCGUCCGUCGACUUUGACCACGACACCCACCACCAGAUCGUGCGGUGCUCCCUCCCGACACGUGGCGAGAUCCUGUCCCUCGCGGUCCAGCCCAACGGUAACCUCACGCCUGGGCCCACCUACAACUGGGACUCCCUCGCCUACGAGGCCACGAUCGACGGUGACGUGGAUAACACAACCGUUGUGUUCGUGAAAGGUCUCAAUCUACGGUCAGGAAGAGCCGCCGACCCGUCAAAGUUCAAGUGCGUCUACGGUCAAGAUCUGACCAAGUCAAAAUUGGUCCUCCAGUCCGACGCCGUUUCGGUCGCUCAAGAAAUUGUCAGGUGCAAAACGCCUCUUACCAUAAUUCAAUCAAGGUUUGGCGGGAAUGGCAUUAUUAAUUCAAUCAAGGUUUCGGUUAGGGCCGUCGGCAAGAAGAAGACGAUAAUCGACUCAGUCGCACGCGUGAGUAACAAUCAAAUCCCAAAACCACCAAACAACGGCAACAAUAAUAAUAAGAAGCUACACGAGGUUUGUGUGUGCACAAUGUUGAGGAACCAAGCUCGAUUUUUGCCGGAAUGGAUAAUGUACCACGCGCGUAUUGGGGUCGAAAGCUUUUUCAUCUACGACAACAAUAGCGACGACCACAUCGAGCUUGUGGUGGACUCGCUCGUGGCCAAUAGUAACCACAACAUCACGAGACGAUUGUGGCCGUGGAUCAAGACUCAAGAGGCUGGGUUUGGGCAUUGCGCGUUAAUGGCUAGGGACACUUGUAAAUGGAUCGGGUUCAUAGACGUGGACGAGUUUCUACACUUCCCUUCGAAAAAUUCGUCCUUGCGCGACUUUGUGCAAAAUCACGCUCGACCUAGUGAUGUAGCCGAGCUCCGGAUCCCUUGCCACAACUUUGGGCCCUCGGGACUUACAAAAUCGCCCGAGAGAGGGGUUUCGAUUGGGUACACGUGCCGUUUGGCCGUACCCGAGAGGCACAAGAGCAUAGUGAGGCCCGAGGCGCUCGACUCGUCUCUCAUCAACAUGGUGCAUCACUUUGGGCUCAAGCCCGGGUUUAGGCACGAGAAUGUUGACAUAAGCUCGUUGGUGAUCAAUCAUUACAAGUACCAAGUGUGGGAGGUGUUUAAGGAGAAGUUUAAGGGAAGGGUGGCCACUUAUGUGUCUGAUUGGCAGCAAGAGACGAAUGUGGGUUCGAAGGAUCGAGCGCCUGGAUUGGGGACGAAAGCGGUGGAGCCACCCGAUUGGUCGACGAGGUUUUGUGAAGUUAAGGAUACACGAUUGAGGGAUCGGGUGCUUACGAGUUUUGAGGACCCGAAUACCGGGUUGUUGCCGUGGGAAGAUUUGGAUGAUUGA